AUGUUUAUAAUUAAUUAUGAAUUCAUAUUUUAAUGCAAUUAAAAAAGAUUUGAAUAUUUUUUAUUUAUUUAUAAAAAAGUAGGAGAUACCAAAAAUUGGUCUUCAAAUAAGAGUAUUAUUUUUAUUUAUCGAAGCCAAACUCUAAUAGGUCAUGAAAAGUAUUGAAAAUGAAUCUAUUGACAAAUUAAUAAGAAAGGUGCUUUCAAACAAAUUAAAGUUUCAAAAGGAGAUCGUUUAAAAUCUUCUUAGCAGAUUGUUUAAAAUCUUCUUAGCAGAUUGUCCAAAAGCCCUAAAUCGAGACACUGAAAAACUUAUCAUUUAAUUAAACAAGUAUUCUAUUUUUAUUAAUGAAGCUCAAUCUUGAAAUUGAAUUGAAC